GGGAAGUCUUUCAGUCGGUGCACACAUCGAACCGGAUGUUAUCCUUUUUUACACGCUCCUCUUGAGGUUUUGAGGACUUUAAAUAUAGAUUUUUACCGGAUAAAUUGUUGAUAUUACAGAGUAUGUCGCUGUCAUUGAUAAGGAGAGGAUUGGAGCUGCUGAACGAAGAUAUUAAAGAUGGUGGUAAAGGGAAGAAGAAAAAGAAGGAGCAGACCCCCAGCUCAGCUGCAGUGAUGGAGCUGGUGAGCACCAAGAGGCAGGGGGUCACCAAGCAGGUCAAGAGGCUGCAGGGUCGCCACGGGUCUGGAAAGAGUAAAGCCACAGUCAAAGACAAGAGGAUCAAAUCAGCAGUCGAGGAGUUCCGAAAGAAGCAGGGUCAGAGCCAGAUGAGUGCCAACCUGAAGUACUUUACAACAACCAGCAGCAAAGCAACAGAAUCUGAUACAUUAAAGAUUUUGAGCCACAAUUUAGGAAGGCAGUCAAGGAAUUGCACCGACAAACCCGUCAAAAAGGCCAAAGAGACCCAGUCUGUGUUCACGGAGGAGGAGUUCGAGGAGUUCCAGAAGGAAUACUUUGGCAGAACUGUUGAGAAGAGGAAAUGAUAGCUAACAUAAGAGCCGCUGCAGCCAGAGCAGGAGGACAGUGUCACGUGGAUUAUAUGGAUGACUCUGGAAGUCAUUCCCACUUCACCACACAGGAAAAUCGUUGUGUUUUGUAAAAGACAUACAGACUAUAGUUAAGGGUUCAUAUAAGGCCUACUGAGUAACUGUCACCUUUUUCUUAUACUCAACUUUGCAGAAAAUGUCUGUUGAACUAUUUUAUGCUUGUUUUCAUCUGGCCACAUUUUGGGGAAGUCAAAUGUUUAGAUUUAUGGUUGGAAUGUUGGAAAUAAUGUAUCUUUUCAGGGAAAAAUCCACUUUGUUGUAUGUGCUUUUGAAUAAACUGAAUGAUUGACUCAAAAGAUUAAAUUAACUUCAGUUUACCGCGUCAUACAGUUCAGAUUGACUUGUUGCGUCGCCAUGAUCCUUCUGCUCUUUUCAUACAAGCUCAAUGAAAAGCUAUUGUUGUAAAGCAUGGACAGAUGUUUCACAUUGUUUAAUCCAGCUGUUAUUAAAAGGGAUGUAAAAUUAAUACCAUGUAUCUUCCUGGAAUUUCACACAACUCAUGCUUUCUAGAAAUAAACCUUUGUCUGUACUUUGUAAAGAGUAUGGAAUGAUGCUUUUUGUAAUGAAUUGAAAGAUGACAGGUUUAACCAGCAGCCUUUCUGAAAAAUCACAUUUAAUCUCCACUAGUAUAAAACAUUCUGUCUCAUAGGACCUUUCGGAUGUUUUGAUUUUGUUUUUAAAUAAAUGUUGUGGAGGAUGAGAAAAGU